UGUGUGCCGUGUGUUCGGAUCAUUGUUGCCUCUUCGCCCGAUUUCGAACCGAAAAACACCGUUAUAUGUUUUCAAAGCGCAGCCAGUGACCAGUUAAAUGAUUUAAAUCCAAUUCGUAUACAUUGAAAAUUAACCAAAAUUGUUACGUCACAUGAAAAUUUCGGUGUGCGGGAAAAGUGGUGUUGUUGUUGUUGAUGAUAUUCCCCACAAGUAGCAGCAACCUUUUUAUAGACAACGCCAGCGCUGCACAUGCAGCAGCAUCAGCAGUAACAACAACAACAAAAACUAUUUGUAUUUGUGUGUGUGUUGUGUGUAACGUAUUAAAUACUGCUACAUAAGGACAUAGAGUAGUCGUUGCGUUAAAAUUCAUGUUUACGUUGAACUGUCGUUAUUUUUUUCGGCUCUCCGAUAUUCACUUGUAAUUGUGAUUCCUAGGCAGUAAGGUCUCUAAUAGUGUAAAAUAGAAGUAAAAUAAAAAAUAGUGUAAUUCAACAUUGAAAUCGGAACCCCGCAAAACACAAGGAAAACAUAAAACAAAACAAGAAAAAACCACCAAUUAAUCAAUUAACCGUUUUACCGUUUUUAACUGUCAUCGUGCAUCCGUUAAACCUGCGCAACGUUCUUUCGUAUUGAGUAAUAACGUUCACGUUCACGUUACGUCGCAACUAACAACUAACCAAAAAAAGAAACGUUGGCGUCCCUCCUGCUCCUGCUCCUCCUCCCUCUACAAUUUGUUGCGUGUCUGCGUGUGUGCGUGCGAGUGCGAGUGCAACAGCAAUAGCCAAACCAAGAGUCUCUUCAAGCGACGCUUCGGGAAUAACGAUUUGGAUCUAGCAAACAUAGCAUUUCUUUCAUCAAAACACUCGGAAAAUAUAAUAAAAGUGAAGCUGAACAAUAAUUGGGACAAAAAAGCAAUAAGAGAAUAAUACAUGGACGUGACGUUCUAGCCAUAAAAAAGAAAUACCCAAAUAGAACAAGAAAUAAACCAGUUGUAUGUACGUGCUGCAUAACUGAUCCUUGCGCAGAAGAGAGCGAGAGAGAGAGCGAGAGCCUGAGAGAGAGACAGAGAGAAGAACGCUAAGCAGCGUUUUCUAUUGGAUUAUUUCACACGCCCCACGUUAACAAAGAACAGCCUCAAGAUUCUGCCCUUCGGCGCCAACUUUCGUCUGGAGACGACACCAGCCGAGAUGCACAAAAUCUCGGCUGCACCGACAGCGGCCACAGCGCCCACGGCUGGACUGGAGGCGCCACUGGCAGCACCCAAAUAUGGCACACUCAUACCCAAUCGCAUCUUUGUGGGCGGCAUUAGCGGCGACACCACCGAAGCGGAUCUGACGCGCGUGUUCAGCGCCUAUGGCACCGUGAAGAGUACAAAGAUCAUUGUGGAUCGUGCUGGGGUUAGCAAGGGCUACGGAUUUGUCACAUUUGAGACGGAACAGGAGGCGCAAAGACUGCAGGCGGAGGGCGAGUGCGUUGUGCUGCGUGACCGUAAGCUGAACAUUGCGCCGGCUAUCAAGAAGCAGGUUAGUUGGCCCAAUCCUCUGCAGUCGAUUGUGGCCACCAAUGGAGCUGUCUAUUACACAACCACGCCGCCAGCACCGAUGAGCAAUAUACCGAUGGAUCAGUUUGCCACUGCCGUCUAUCCGCCAGCCGCUGGCGUGCCAGCCAUCUACCCACCUUCAGCCAUGCAAUAUCAGCCAUUCUAUCAGUACUACAGCGUGCCAAUGAAUGUACCCACCAUUUGGCCUCAGAACUAUCAAGACACCCAGACACAAAUGCCGCAACAGAGUCCUCAACUUGCCGCUUGGGAUUUCGAUGAUGGCAGCAACAGCAACAAUAAUCGCAACGUUAGCAGAGCCAAUAACAUCUCGGUGAACAACUGGCGCAUGGCCAUGUAGUCCCCACAGAAAGAACUCUCUCUAAAGCUCCAGCAUUAUAAUUUUUAAAAAGAAAAAAGAACACUUUUAGCAACAAAAAAACAUCCGAAAAACGUACAAAAUCAGCUGCUCCUCCAGUGCGUAAAACUGAACAAGACAAAGGAAUGCCGACAAAGAUAAUGCAGUGCAACAUUGAAGGCGCCAACACUACAAAAAAAAAAACAAAAACAAACACAGAAAAAAACAGUUUCUUGUUAUUUGUUCAUUUUGUUCAAUAGUUUGUUUAUUGCGUUACUAUGACAAACAUCAAAAACGAAGCAACAACAACAGCAGCAGGAUAUUAGCAAGCUUCAACGUCGUUUCCCCAUAAAUAAUAACUAGUGGAGGCCCAUUUGAGACCGAAGCAUAUCCAAAAUUCUUCAAGAAUUUAUUCCAAACCACGAAAAUCAACUCAAUACAAGUCUCAAUGUGUUUAGCCUUGCUAGCACUUUGCGGCAAGUACAGAACCCGAUAACUGUAAAUCGAAUACUACAACCAGCAACAUUUAUCGUUGCGGCCAAUGCAAAAUUUCGGGCUCAGUCUUUGGCGUUCCGAUUAGGAGUUUCUUUUUUGUAUUUCACUGUGGCUAGAUUUCACCAAAUUUUAACGUUUUCUACUGCAUUCAAUAAUUAUCGAUACUUAUCGAUUUUGUCAUCUUCCUUUUUGGACUGCUUGUAAACCAAAAUUUGUUUAUCUUUGUGUAUAGAAGUUGUUUUCUAAAUUUAAAAUGUUCAAAUUCACAAUUGACAAUUGUUAAGCAAAUAAAUGAUGCGAGCCCGAAACGAGAU